CCCACCAUGGCUGCGCUCGCCAAGGCGCCUGCACACGCCGGCGCAUGGAGCACGCUCAGGCCAGCACUGGCACCGUGGCUCCUCGAGGCGCUGGCCACGCUCGACCUGCCGCGCAUGACGCCCGUGCAGGCCGCCAGCAUCCCGGCGCUGCUCUCGCAUCGCGACGUCGUCGUCGAGGCCGUGACGGGCUCGGGCAAGACGCUGGCCUACCUCGUGCCGCUGCUGCAGCUCCUCGCCGCCACGCCGCCGCGCCGCGGCCGCCUCGCCGCCCUCGUCGUGUGCCCCACGCGCGAGCUGGCACAGCAGGUGCACGCCGUCCUGCAGCGCCUGCUCGAUGCGCGCCCGCAGAGCACGGCGCUGGCAGCAGCAGCGCACGCGCACGAGGAAGAGGAGAAGCCGCUGUAUCCAGACACGGUGCCCGACGAGGAGAAGGAGGCACAGCCAGUGCUGGCACGCAGCGGCGCCCUCCUCGUCGUCGGCGGCAAGCACCGCCCCGAGGAGGACUACCGCGCCUUCAGAGACGAGGGCGCGACGAUCGUCGUCGGCACGCCAGGACGCGUGGAGGAGCUGCUGAAGCGCAAGGGAGUGGAUGCAAGGGAGCUGCAGAUGCUCGUGCUCGACGAGGCAGAUCGCCUGCUGGAUCUGGGAUUCUCAGCAUCGCUGCAGACCAUCCUCUCGCUGCUGCCCCGCCAGCGUCGUACGGGCCUCUUCAGCGCCACCAUGAGUGACGCACUGGCCAGCCUGGCGACGAUGGGCCUGCGCAAUCCGGCGCGCAUCACUGUCUCUGUGCGCGCCAAGCAGUCGGACGGCGCCACGGGCGAGCGUAGGGCGCCUGCAAGCCUGCAGAACCUCUUCGCGGUCUCGCGUGCCGAGAACCGCCUCGCGUUGCUGCUGCGCAUCCUGAGGCGCGAGACGAUGGAUGCAGAAGGCGCCGGCGCGCGCAAGUGCAUCGUGUACUUUGCGACGUGUGCGCAGGUCAAUUACUUCUACAAGGCGCUCGCUUCGCUACCGCACAUGCAUCAACUGCGACUCUUUUCGCUGCACGGCAAACAGACUCCCUCUCGCCGCAACGCCACGUUUGAGUCAUUCGUCUCUUGCCUGCCAGUCGGCGCCGCCGCCGCAGCUGCAGCGAGCGAUGUGGGCCGCUCGGCAGGCGGCGGCAGCAAGGCAUCUCGACAGCAGCAUGCGCCAGAGGCGGCAGCCGUGCUGCUAUGCACAGACGUGGCGGCACGAGGUCUGGAUCUACCCGACGUCGACCUCGUCGUGCAGUAUGACGCGCCGACGGAUCCAAAGGUCUUCUCCCACCGCGCCGGACGCACGGCUCGUGCGGGACGCAGUGGCAGAGCAGUGGUGCUGCUGAAUCGAGGCCGCGAGGAGGAGUUCGUCGACUUCAUGCUUGUGCGCAAAGUGCCGUUGGCGCCCUAUCCCUAUCUGCUCUCUACGUCGCCCAAGGCGCUUCCAGAGCCAGGCGCCGAGCCGGCCGAAGACGAGCAAGCCUUGCUGUUGGCGUCGCAGCUGCGAGCACAGAACCGCCGCGAUCGCGAGUCGCACGAGUCGAGUGUUCGGGCGUUCGUCUCGUUCCUGCGCGCCUACUCCAAGCACGAGGCCGCGUACAUCUUCCGGCUGCGCGAUCUGGAUCUGGGAGCUACGGCGCGGGCCUUUGGCUUGCUGCGCAUGCCAAGCAUGCCAGAAGUGGCCGAGGCACGCUCUAGAGCACUGGGCCUUAUCAAGGGCAAGGGCAAGGCCAAGGACGACGAAGAGAAGACGAUGGACUCGCAGCGCGAGCGGGAGCUGUGGGGCUUUGAGCAGGAGGCAGUCGACCUGCGCACAUUUGCCUACCUCGACCCCACCCGCGAGGCGCAGCGCUUGGAGUCACUCACUGCCGCCGACGAAAAGGCGCGCGUGGCAGCCGAGGCACGAGCGGCGGCGCAGGCAGCAGGAGCAGCGCCGGAAGGCAAGCGCAAACGCAUGCGCGGCACCGCCGUGGCCGAAGAGGCAUGGUCGCAGCAGAAGGCGCGCAAGGAGAUGAAGGAAGUGCGGCGCGACAAGCGGGCACGGAAGCGAGAGUUCUUGAAGAAGGAGAGGGAGGAGGCGGCAAAACCGAACGAGGAGCAGGCAAAGGAGAGCGAGGAGGACGGAGAGGAGGACUGGACGAGAGAGGAGCAGGAGGAGAAGAGAAACGCCAAACGGCUGCGAAAGGAGAAGAUGGAGCGCAACUCGAAGCCGGCCGAGGAGGUCAUCGAGGUGGCCGAGCCGGGCUUCUUCGACGGCCUGUAGCAGUCACGCGCAAUGUCACGCUUCCCACACACAAUGCGAGAGGCCAGGC